GGAGGAGGGAGGAGGAGGAGGAGGGUCGCCAAACUGCUGGCACUUCGUCGACCGUGAGCGGCACUCGCUGGCGGCGGCGGCAGCCCGCCCCUCGCUGCAUGGCAGCCCAGUGAGGGAGGAGCGGGCGAGGGUCUGGCGCUGCCCGGAAGCCGAGGGAGCCAGCGCCGGCGGCAGCAGCGCCCGCCGCCCGCCCCGCCGGGAUGCGCCCCGCUCGCCGCUGAGGCGCAGCCCCGCCGCGAUGCUCUCCCCCGAGCGCCACCGCCACCACCGCCACCCCCCGCCGCCGCAGCCGCCGCCGCCGCCGCACCACCCGCCGCAGCCCAGCCAUGUCGUGGCCACCAUCGAGAACCUGCCGGCGGAGGGCGGCAGCGGCGGCGGCAGGAGCGGCAUCUCCGCGCCCUCCUCCAGCGUGCGCCAGAGGAUCAGGAAAGUGCUGAACAGGGACCUCUUGCUGUCUGUGGCGCUUGGCCAGGUACUCUCCCUCCUUAUCUGUGGCAUUGGUCUCACAAGCAAGUAUUUGUCAGAAGAUUUCCAUGCCAACACACCUGUUUUUCAGAGCUUCCUCAAUUAUAUCCUUCUAUUCUUGGUCUACACGACAACACUAGCUGUCAGACAAGGAGAAGAAAACUUGCUGGCAAUUUUGAAAAGGAGAUGGUGGAAAUACAUGAUCCUGGGGAUAAUAGAUAUAGAAGCCAAUUACCUGGUAGUCAAAGCUUACCAAUACACCACUCUUACUAGUGUUCAGCUCCUAGACUGUUUUGUCAUCCCAGUGGUGAUACUGCUCUCCUGGUUCUUCUUACUGGUACGAUACAAGGCAGUACAUUUCAUUGGGAUUGUGGUCUGCAUUCUGGGCAUGGGCUGCAUGGCAGGAGCAGAUGUCCUCGUUGGGAGACAGCAAGGAGCGGGUGAAAAUAAACUGAUAGGGGAUCUCUUAGUACUGGGCGGAGCAACGCUAUAUGGCAUCUCGAAUGUUUGUGAGGAGUAUAUCGUCCGAAAUCUGAGUCGAGUGGAAUUCCUGGGCAUGAUUGGACUCUUUGGCUCCUUCUUCAGCGGAAUUCAGCUUGCAAUCAUGGAACACAAAGAGCUGUUAAAAGUUCCCUGGGAUUGGCAAAUAGGCUUGUUGUAUGUCGGCUUUAGUGCCUGUAUGUUUGGCCUCUACAGCUUUAUGCCAGUGGUCAUAAAGAAAACCAGUGCUACUGCCGUCAACCUCUCCCUACUCACGGCUGACCUGUACAGCCUCUUCUGUGGAUUAUUCCUCUUCCACUACAAGUUUUCAGGACUUUACUUGUUGUCAUUCUUCACUAUCCUUGUUGGGCUGGUGCUCUACUCCUCCACGUCCACCUACGUGGCCCAGGAUCCUCGGGUGUACAAGCAGUUUCGAAACCCUUCGGGACCUGUUGUAGACCUGCCAGCCACCGGCCAGCUGGAGCCUUCGGUAACAUACACCAGCCUGGGGCAGGAGACAGAAGAGGAGCCUCAUGUUAGAGUUGCUUAAACCCAGGGCUGUUGAUCACCUACUGAUGAUUCAGUGGAGCUCGUAUAUCCAUUAUCUCUGUAUUGUACAUAGAGAAAGGUAUUUACCAGGUGCAGUUACACCGGUAAGCUGCAAGGUAGCAAAUAAGGAAAGCUCGUAAGAAUACAAAUUACUUGUUCCAGGGUGUUCAUUGCAAGGAGAUGCCAGUCCCUCGUUUACGAUAUGAGCAGCGUGUUUGCAAUACAAACUGCUGUAUAUGAAUCAGUUAAUGUCAAACUACCUGUGAAAGAUAUUCAAUAUAUAAGUUGAAAUUACAAAAAGAAAUUCACGGAAGGGUGUUUUUGCACCCACUGAGCGAUAUUAUGCCUAAGCCACACCAGUUGUGGAAAAGCCGCCUUUUUACAGCAAAUACACUUGUGCAGUCACUGUUAAUUUCUCUCUAAGAUUCGUUUGUUUGCACAAAAUAGAUGGGUUACUUGUGGUAGCAACACCCUGACACAUUUUUGCUAGCACCUUGGAUUUGGUGAGGGAAAGACAACGAAUUCAUCUGUGCUAUCUGUCUAGUUGCCCUUUCUAGGUAAUCUGUUCCAUGAAUCCAGAGAAGGGACAACUUACAAUAUCCGUCUCUAUUCUAGGAAUAGGUAUAAGGCGAGCAUUUUAGCCUUUCUAUAUUUGCAGAAGUGAAGUACUCAAGCAUUGACCUCUCUAUGAUCCAUGGCAGGUUUCCUAGCGGCUGAGGUUCUGCAUCAGGUGACAGGGAGUUAGUUUCUCUGUAGUUGUGACUUAACACAGAUUUCUUACUUUUUAAAUUUUAAUCUGUAAAAAGAAAAACGUAUUUUCUAGUUUCCUAUGUAUUGUACCUCUCCAUGGUAAGAUCAUGUGGAUCAGGGCACUUAUUUUAGAUACUCAGUGCAUCGAGGGCGCCUUCUGCUGUUCCAGUUUGCUUAGUCUCCUGUGGUUGAUUAGUCUAACAAUAGCUAUUUAGAAAUGUGUCAGUUUUUCACCCAAACUCACAAAUUGUAAAAAUCAGGAAGAUUAAGUGAGGAAUUCAUGAGCAGAAAGACUGGACCAUCUGCUGGUGUUGCUGCAGUAACGCAAAGGCAUUCACACCGGCAAGGUGCAGCCAAUUAUUUUUCAUGAACUACACAACUAGCGGAAGAACUCAGCAGUUUUGUUAAAUUUCUGGGGACAUACGAAAAUAGUAAGGGUGUGCUCCACAACUGUACUUCUGCUCCAGCAGCCUUAUGAGAAUGGGGCAAAUCUUAGUCACCACCAUGAAAAUUCCAUCUCUGCCUGUAUGUUUGCUCUUCUGAGAGCCCAAUAAAAGGAAAUCAUUAUUUCAA